AUGGGGGGCCGCCGCACGGCAGGAGAAGACCCGGAAGAAGACCCGGGAGGCCGAGCAGAAGACGCUGGAGAGCUCGUGGAGGCGCGGCGCCGCAACGCGGAGAAGCGGCAGGCGGACGAGGCCGAGAAGGCCCGGCGCCUGGCCGAGAGGCAGGACGCCGAGCUGCAGCACUUCAGGGAGCGGGCCAACAAGCAGAACGUGAUAGCGGAGAGGCAGCGGGGGGUCCAGCAGGAGAAGGCCGCGCUGUCGAACAUGGUGCGCCAGGAGCGGGAAGCGGGCGAGAGGCUCGCCCAGGAGCCCCGGCGACGACCCCGGCGACGACCGGCGACGACGACCCCGCGGCGCCCGCGCUCUUCCGCUCCCGCCCUCCCCCGAUAG